UUUGGUGCUGUUCUUAUCUCAACAAAAUCAUCAGCUUUAUUAUAUGGAAAUGCCUUCAUCGUAUUUGCCAUUCCAAUUUGGCUCUUCUGGCGUAUUCACAACAUGGAUCUCUUGUCCAGUGCUAUUUUCUUCCUCCUCAUGACCGGAGCUAGCACAUAUUUAAUGGCCUUGGCCUACAAGAAUAUCAAAUUCAGUCUGAAGCACAAGAUCUCUGUGAAACGUGAAGAUGCCGUCACCCGGGAAGUUAACCGCCAAUUGGCCGAUGACAAGAAAAUCACCAAGAAGGAAAAGGACGAACGCAUUUUGUGGAAGAAGAACGAAGUUGCCGAUUACGAGGCAACCACCUAUUCCAUCUUUUGCAACAAUGCUCUCUACUUGACCAUCAUCAUUUUCAUUAGUUUAUUCAUUUUGAAGAACUCCUCUCCAGCUGUGAAUUAUAUCUUUUCAGUUGGUUUGGCCAGUGCAGCACUAGCGCUGUUCUCUACCAGG